GUGAUCAAAUCGAGCAGUCUAAAUAUAAGGAGCUGCCCAGAAGAGUCAGCCUAUGUUACCCGCGUUGUCCAUGGGAACUGUGGCAGCCAUGAGGUGGGAACGAGUGGCCUUGUUUUUCCUGACUGUGUCUGUUGGGAUUGAAGUCAAGGCCAGACUGGUCAGCAACCAUGUCGGCAGCAUCUGCAGUACGUGGGGCAGAGAACACUUCAAGACAUUCGACGGAGACGUUUACCAGUUCUCCGGCACGUGCGAGUAUAACCUCGCUUCGGAUUGUCACGAGGCUAUGCAAGAGUUCUCGGUGCAUAUGAGGAGGGAGCAGAAUGAUGGGAACCCCACCGUGGCCUACCUGGUGGUCACCAUCAAUGACCUGGCGUUCCGUCUCACCAAGGAAGGGGUCACUGUUAACGGCCAGAUAAUCGAAUUGCCGUACUAUAAUAGUGGAGUUCAAGUCGAAAAUAAUGCUGUAUACAUCAAACUGCAGUCUAAAGUCGGCCUUGUUGUCAUGUGGAAUGGUGACGAUGCGGUCAUGGUCGAGGUUGAUCGUGACUACGCUAAUCACACUUGUGGACUCUGCGGCGAUUACAAUGGCGAUCAUAUCUACAAUGAGUUGAUUUACAAUGAUCGAAUAAUCAGCCGCAUUGAGUUUGGCAAUAUCCACAAGGUUCAUAACCCAAAUGAUGACUGCGAGGACCCCUUUGAGGAGUUGGAAGAUGUUCAAGCUGAGGAUUCCUGCGAUGAGUUUAGAACGACCUGCAACCAAUUGCUGAUUUCCGAGCCUUGGAGUCCCUGCACGCAGCUUAUCGACCCUACGCCCUACCUGCAGGCUUGCGUGCAGGACUUGUGCAGCUGCAACAACCGCACAAACGACACUUGUGUCUGCAGCACACUCUCCGAGUUCUCCCGACAGUGUUCCCAUGCUGGUGGAGUGCCUCCCAACUGGAGGACACAAGACUUCUGUGCUAAGCAGUGUCCUUACAACAUGGUGUAUGAGGAAAGCGGUUCUCCUUGCAUGGACACGUGCACGCACCAGGACACCAGUUCCUUGUGUGAAGACCACCGAAUGGAUGGCUGCUUCUGCCCACCUGGCACUGUGUUUGAUGAUAUUUCCAUGAGAGGAUGCAUUGAGCAAUCGGAAUGUCAGUGCAUGCAUGGAAGAAUCUACAACUCUAGUGAGGGCUAUCAACAAGACAAGGAGAUAUGUACGUGUUUUCAGGGGAGAUGGUCUUGUGAGUAUCUUCAGGGCCCGGCUACGUGCGCAGUGGAGGAAGGUUUCCAUAUAAGCACCUUCGAUGGCAAAUCUUACACCUUCCACGGAGAUUGUUAUUACACACUAGCCAAAGUGGAAAGCAAGGAUGACUCGAGUCCAAAGUUUACCAUCCAAGCGCAGUUGGUGCCGUGUGUAAACCAACGUUUUGACACUUGUCUCAAGGCGCUGAAAAUCCUGAUAAACAAUGACCGAAAUAAUGUGUUAAUGUUUAUUUCUGAUGGGACAGUCAAGCAGAACCAGCAAAGCAUCACUUUGCCGUACCAGACAGCCGACAUCAACAUAUUCCACGCGUCAUCUUUUCACAUCCUGCUACACACCAGUUUUGGGUUGCAAAUUCAGAUUCAGCACGUGCCUCUUAUGCAAGUGUAUGUCCGGCUGGAUGAGAGCUACAACGGAAAGACACGCGGCUUAUGUGGCAACUACAACCUGGUCGUGUCCGAUGACAUGAAAACCCCUCAGGGGAUCGUCGAGGGGACGGCCACUUCAUUUGGUAACGCCUGGAAAUCCAGCCUCAUGUGCCGAGACAGCAGGGAAAGACUUGAUGACCCUUGUUCUCUCAGUCUGGAAAAUGACUUGUAUGCCAAGCAUUGGUGCGCCUUACUGUUACAACCAAAUAGCACCUUUGAACAGUGCCAUUCCUUCGUGGAUCCUGCGGCGUACUACAAGCGCUGCACUUACGCUAGUUGCAACUGUGACAAGAGUGAAGCCUGCCUGUGUGCCGUCUUCUCUUCCUAUGCCCGAGCGUGUGCCUCAAAGGGAGUCUUCUUGAUGGACUGGAGAGCCAACGUGUGUGACAAAUACACAAGAACCUGCCCACAAACUCAGAUCUUCUCAUACAAGCAUCAACGGUGCGAGCUGACCUGCAGAUCGUUGAGUUCAACACUGCAAACUUGCCCAUCUGACUUCCUGCCCGUGGACGGCUGCUCCUGCCCCGAGGGUCAAUACCUGGAUGACCAUUCCAUCUGCAUCCCCAAAGAAAAGUGUCCCUGUUAUCAUAAUGAGGCCAUCAUCCAGCCUGGGAAGUCGAUCAACAUCAAGGAUGAACACUGUGUGUGCAGUAAUGGGGUGCUGCAUUGCCAAUCUUGGAGAAUCCGCUCAUCAGCAUGUCCACCACACAAAGUGUACUUCAACUGCUCCGACCCUGGCUCAGGACAACUCGGAGUCCAAUGCGCGGCAACGUGUUUGAAUCUGGACAGCGAUGAAUGUCUCUUUGGUCUUUCUUGGCAGGACUCCAACGAUUGUGAAUCAGGUUGUCGGUGUCCAGAUGAGCUUUUUGACGACGGCAGAGGUUACUGUGUGGAAAAGUCACAAUGUCCAUGUAAACAUGAUGGAAUAUUCUAUGCUCCUGGAACACAAAUUCCAAAUCAAUGCAACACAUGUAUCUGCAGAAGUGGAAAAUGGCAGUGCACAGAGGAAAAAUGCCCUGGAACCUGUAUUAUAUAUGGAAGUGGCCAUUAUAAUACAUUUGAUCAGCGGACAUAUGGCUUUCAAGGGCACUGCAGCUAUGUUGCAGUAAAGAACAAAUGUGGCAAUAAAACAGUACAGGACAACUUUGGAGUAAUCACAGAGAACGUGCCGUGUGGCACGACAGGCACCACAUGCUCAAAAACUGUCCGAAUCCAGUUAGGGCGAAUGGAAAUCAAGCUAUCCAAAGGAAAGUAUGAGGAGAUCGAACUGGACACGGGCAAUGAAAUAAAGUACACGAUAAGGACAGUCGGCAUGUAUUUGGUGGUGGAAUCUGUAUUUGGCAUGGCGGUGAUGUGGGAUCGCAAAACAACUGUUCGGAUCCUCUUGGAACCUCAACACAGUGGAGAAGUAUGUGGCCUGUGUGGAGAUUUUGAUGACAAUGAACAAAAUGACUUCACUACUCAAGGUCAACUGUUAGUGACAAAUAUGUUAGAAUUUGCAAACAGCUGGAAAACAGGCAGCAGUUGCCCAAAUGUGGAAGUAAACGGCGACCCCUGUAAGGCAGCACCUUCUCGUCACCACUGGUCGAAAAUGAUGUGCGGCAUUAUAACUGGAAAAACAUUCCAACCAUGUCACAAUACGGUGGAUCCGCUUCCAUUUUAUGAAAACUGUGUACAAGACUCGUGUGCCUGUGAUGCUGGAGGCGACUGUGAAUGUUUCUGCACAGCAGUUGGAGCCUAUGCUCAAGCUUGUAAUGAAGCUGGUGUAUGUGUUGGAUGGAGAACUCCAGACAUCUGUCCCGUCUACUGUGAUUACUACAACAACCCAGAUGAAUGCCGGUGGCACUACAACCCAUGUCAUCAACCUUGCUACAAGACCUGCUUGAAUCUCGAGGGAGUUUGUAGCAACCCCUUACCCAGCCUGGAGGGUUGUUAUCCUGUAUGUCCAGAAGAUAAGCCCAUAUUUGAUGAGGAUCACCAGAUAUGUGUUGAAGAAUGUGAAGGUUGCUUUUACAAUGGAUCAAGAUAUGAUGAAUAUGAAGUUAUUUACAAUGUGACGGACAACCUCGGAAUGUGCUACUAUGCAAUAUGCAUUAAUAGAACAGUGAUAUUUGGAAAUGAAACCUGUGCUACUACAACAGCGGCUCCGCCAACAACUCCAAUAACUGAAGGUCCAAGCACCACCUACACAAUACCUACAACCACACCAACAGUAAAUUACACUACCACUGUAGAAGUAACCAGAACAACAAUAUCCACUACCAUAUCAACAGAACCUCCAACUACAACUGAAGGAAUGACAACCACAAAAUCAACAACUGUACCUCCUUUGAGUUCAACAACAAAUGAAGGACCUAUAACUGAAAGCACACAGCCCACAAGCCAAGCAACUGCCCCUGUUGUGACUGUACACACCUCAACAACUGAAGGAACCACUACGACUAUUAAAUCUACAACCACACCAUUAGGUUCCACCACAACGGAAAGUCCGACAAGUACAACUACACUAGCAGGACCCAGUACAACAACCGAAAUACCAACUACCUCAACAAAAUCUACGACGACACCCGCAAGACCCAGCACCACAACUGAAGGUCCAACUACGACAACAAAAUCUACAACCACACCAUCAGGACCCACCACCACAACUGAAGGUCCGACAACUACAACCACACCUGCAGGACCCAGCACAACUACUCAAGGUCCAACUACCACAAUUAAAGCUACAACCACACCUUCAGGACCCAGCACAACUACAGAAGGACCAACUACUACAACUAAAUCUACAACGACACCCGCAGGACCCAGCACCACAACUGAAGGACCAACUACGACGACAAAAUCUACAACCACACCAUCAGGACCCAUCACCACAACUGAAGGUCCGGCAACUACAACCACACCUGCAAGACCCAGCACAACUACUCAAGGACCAACUACCACAACAAAAUCUACAACCACACCCGCAGGACCCAGCACCACAACUGAAGGUCCAACUACGACAACAAAAUCUACAACCACACCAUCAGGACCCACCACAACAACUGAAGGUCCAACUACCACAACUAAAUCUACAAUGACACCCGCAGGACCUAGCACCACAACUGAAGGACCAACUACGACAAUAAAAUCUACAACCAUUCCAUCAGGAUCCACCACAACUGAAGGUCCAACAACUCCAACCACACCUGCAGGACCCAGCACAACUACUCAAGUUCCAACUACCACAACUAGAGCUACAACCACACCUGCAGGACCCAGCACAACAAGUGAAGGCCCAACUACAACAACAAAAUCUACAACGACACCCUCAGGACCCAGUACCACAACUGAAGGACAAACUACAACAACAAAAUCCACAACCAUACCAUCAGGACCCACCACCACAACUGAAGGUCCGACAACUACAACCACACCUGCAGGACCUAGCACAACUACUGAAGGGUCAACAACCACAACUAAAUCUACAACCACACCUGCAGGACCCAGCACAACAACUGAAGGCCCAACUACAACAACAAAAUCUACAACGACAACCGCAGGACCUAGCACCACAAGUGAAGGACCAACUACAACGACAAAAUCUACAACCAUACCAUCAGGAUCCACCACCACAACUGAAGGUCCAACUACAACCACACCUGCAGGACCCAGCACAACUACUCAAGGUCCAACUACCACAACUAAAUCUACAACCACACCUGCAGGACCCAGCCCAACUACAGAAGGACCAACUACAACAACAAAAUCUACAACGACAUCCUCAGCACCCAGUACCACAACUGAAGGACCAACUACAACAACAAAAUCUACAACCAUACCAUCAGGAUCCACCACCACAACUGAAGGUCCAACUACAACCACACCUGCAGGACCCAGCACAACUACUCAAGGUCCAACAACCACAACUAAAUCUACAACCACACCUGCCGGACCCAGCACAACAACUGAAGGCCCAACUACAACAACAAAAUCUACAACGACACCCGCAGGACCUAGCACCACAACUGAAGGACCAACUACGACGACAAAAUCUACAACCAUACCAUCAGGAUCCACCACCACAACUGAAGGUCCAACAACUACAACCACACCUGCAGGACCUAGCACAACUACUCAAGGACCAACUACCACAACUAAAUCUACAACCACACCUGCCGGACCCAGUACCACAACUGAAGGACCAACUACAACAACAAAAUCUACAACCAUACCAUCAGGACCCACCACCACAACUGAAGGUCCGACAACUACAACCACACCUGCAGGACCCAGCACAACUACUCAAAGUCCAACUACCACAACUAGAUCUACAACCACACCUGCAGGACCCAGCACCACAACUGAAGGCCCAACUACAACAACAAAAUCUACAACGACACCCGCAGGACCUAGCACCACAAGUGAAGGACCAACUACGACGACAAAAUCUACAACCAUACCAUCAGGAUCCACCACCACAACUGAAGGUCCAACUACAACCACACCUGCAGGACCCAGCACAACUACUCAAGGUCCAACAACCACCACUAAAUCUACAACCACACCUGCCGGACCCAGCACAACUACUGAAGGCCCAACUACAACAACAAAAUCUACAACGACAACCGCAGGACCUAGCACCACAAGUGAAGGACCAAGUACAACGACAAAAUCUACAACCAUACCAUCAGGAUCCACCACCACAACUGAAGGUCCAACAACUACAACCACACCUGCAGGACCUAGCACAACUACUCAAGGUCCAACUACCACAACUAAAUCUACAACCACACCUGCCGGACCCAGCACAACAACUGAAGGCCCAACUACAACAACAAAAUCUACAACGACACCCGCAGGACCUAGCACCACAACUGAAGGACCAACUACGACGACAAAAUCUACAACCAUACCAUCAGGAUCCACCACCACAACUGAAGGUCCAACAACUACAACCACACCUGCAGGACCUAGCACAACUACUCAAGGACCAACUACCACAACUAAAUCUACAACCAAACCUGCCGGACCCAGUACCACAACUGAAGGACCAACUACAACAACAAAAUCUACAACCAUACCAUCAGGACCCACCACCACAACUGAAGGUCCGACAACUACAACCACACCUGCAGGACCCAGCACAACUACUCAAAGUCCAACUACCACAACUAGAUCUACAACCACACCUGCAGGACCCAGCACCACAACUGAAGGCCCAACUACAACAACAAAAUCUACAACGACACCCGCAGGACCUAGCACCACAAGUGAAGGACCAACUACGACGACAAAAUCUACAACCAUACCAUCAGGAUCCACCACCACAACUGAAGGUCCAACAACUACAACCACACCUGCAGGACCUAGCACAACUACUCAAGGUCCAACUACCACAACUAAAUCUACAACCACACCUGCCGGACCCAGCACAACAACUGAAGGCCCAACUACAACAACAAAAUCUACAACGACACCCGCAGGACCUAGCACCACAACUGAAGGACCAACUACGACGACAAAAUCUACAACCAUACCAUCAGGAUCCACCACCACAACUGAAGGUCCAACAACUACAACCACACCUGCAGGACCUAGCACAACUACUCAAGGACCAACUACCACAACUAAAUCUACAACCACACCUGCCGGACCCAGUACCACAACUGAAGGACCAACUACAACAACAAAAUCUACAACCAUACCAUCAGGACCCACCACCACAACUGAAGGUCCGACAACUACAACCACACCUGCAGGACCCAGCACAACUACUCAAAGUCCAACUACAACAACUAGAUCUACAACCACACCUGCAGGACCCAGCACAACUACUCAAGGUCCAACUACCACAACUAGAUCUACAACCACACCUGCAGGACCCAGCACCACAACUGAAGGCCCAACUACAACAACAAAAUCUACAACGACACCCGCAGGACCUAGCACCACAAGUGAAGGACCAACUACGACGACAAAAUCUACAACCAUACCAUCAGGAUCCACCACCACAACUGAAGGUCCAACAACUACAACCACACCUGCAGGACCUAGCACAACUACUCAAGGUCCAACUACCACAACUAAAUCUACAACCACACCUGCCGGACCCAGCACAACAACUGAAGGCCCAACUACAACAACAAAAUCUACAACGACACCCGCAGGACCUAGCACCACAACUGAAGGACCAACUACGACGACAAAAUCUACAACCAUACCAUCAGGAUCCACCACCACAACUGAAGGUCCAACAACUACAACCACACCUGCAGGACCUAGCACAACUACUCAAGGACCAACUACCACAACUAAAUCUACAACCACACCUGCCGGACCCAGUACCACAACUGAAGGACCAACUACAACAACAAAAUCUACAACCAUACCAUCAGGACCCACCACCACAACUGAAGGUCCGACAACUACAACCACACCUGCAGGACCCAGCACAACUACUCAAAGUCCAACUACAACAACUAGAUCUACAACCACACCUGCAGGACCCAGCACAACUACUCAAGGUCCAACUACCACAACUAGAUCUACAACCACACCUGCAGGACCCAGCACCACAACUGAAGGCCCAACUACAACAACAAAAUCUACAACGACACCCGCAGGACCUAGCACCACAAGUGAAGGACCAACUACGACGACAAAAUCUACAACCAUACCAUCAGGAUCCACCACCACAACUGAAGGUCCAACAACUACAACCACACCUGCAGGACCCAGCACAACUACUCAAGGUCCAACUACCACAACUAAAUCUACAACCACACCUGCCGGACCCAGCACAACAACUGAAGGCCCAACUACAACAACAAAAUCUACAACGACACCCGCAGGACCUAGCACCACAACUGAAGGACCAACUACGACGACAAAAUCUACAACCAUACCAUCAGGAUCCACCACCACAACUGAAGGUCCAACAACUACAACCACACCUGCAGGACCUAGCACAACUACUCAAGGACCAACUACCACAACUAAAUCUACAACCACACCUGCCGGACCCAGUACCACAACUGAAGGACCAACUACAACAACAAAAUCUACAACCAUACCAUCAGGACCCACCACCACAACUGAAGGUCCGACAACUACAACCACACCUGCAGGACCCAGCACAACUACUCAAAGUCCAACUACAACAACUAGAUCUACAACCACACCUGCAGGACCCAGCACAACUACUCAAGGUCCAACUACCACAACUAGAUCUACAACCACACCUGCAGGACCCAGCACCACAACUGAAGGCCCAACUACAACAACAAAAUCUACAACGACACCCGCAGGACCUAGCACCACAAGUGAAGGACCAACUACGACGACAAAAUCUACAACCAUACCAUCAGGAUCCACCACCACAACUGAAGGUCCAACAACUACAACCACACCUGCAGGACCUAGCACAACUACUCAAGGUCCAACUACCACAACUAAAUCUACAACCACACCUGCCGGACCCAGCACAACAACUGAAGGCCCAACUACAACAACAAAAUCUACAACGACACCCGCAGGACCUAGCACCACAACUGAAGGACCAACUACGACGACAAAAUCUACAACCAUACCAUCAGGAUCCACCACCACAACUGAAGGUCCAACAACUACAACCACACCUGCAGGACCUAGCACAACUACUCAAGGACCAACUACCACAACUAAAUCUACAACCACACCUGCCGGACCCAGUACCACAACUGAAGGACCAACUACAACAACAAAAUCUACAACCAUACCAUCAGGACCCACCACCACAACUGAAGGUCCGACAACUACAACCACACCUGCAGGACCCAGCACAACUACUCAAAGUCCAACUACGACGACAAAAUCUACAACCAUACCAUCAGGACCCAGCACAACUACUCAAGGUCCAACUACCACAACUAAAUCUACAACCACACCUGCCGGACCCAGCACAACAACUGAAGGCCCAACUACAACAACAAAAUCUACAACGACACCCGCAGGACCUAGCACCACAACUGAAGGACCAACUACGACGACAAAAUCUACAACCAUACCAUCAGGAUCCACCACCACAACUGAAGGUCCAACAACUACAACCACACCUGCAGGACCUAGCACAACUACUCAAGGACCAACUACCACAACUAAAUCUACAACCACACCUGCAGGACCCAGCACAACUACUCAAGGUCCAACUACCACAACUAGAUCUACAACCACACCUGCAGGACCCAGCACCACAACUGAAGGCCCAACUACAACAACAAAAUCUACAACGACACCCGCAGGACCUAGCACCACAAGUGAAGGACCAACUACGACGACAAAAUCUACAACCAUACCAUCAGGAUCCACCACCACAACUGAAGGUCCAACUACAACCACACCUGCAGGACCCAGCACAACUACUCAAGGUCCAACAACCACCACUAAAUCUACAACCACACCUGCCGGACCCAGCACAACUACUGAAGGCCCAACUACAACAACAAAAUCUACAACGACAACCGCAGGACCUAGCACCACAAGUGAAGGACCAAGUACAACGACAAAAUCUACAACCAUACCAUCAGGAUCCACCACCACAACUGAAGGUCCAACAACUACAACCACACCUGCAGGACCUAGCACAACUACUCAAGGUCCAACUACCACAACUAAAUCUACAACCACACCUGCCGGACCCAGCACAACAACUGAAGGCCCAACUACAACAACAAAAUCUACAACGACACCCGCAGGACCUAGCACCACAACUGAAGGACCAACUACGACGACAAAAUCUACAACCAUACCAUCAGGAUCCACCACCACAACUGAAGGUCCAACAACUACAACCACACCUGCAGGACCUAGCACAACUACUCAAGGACCAACUACCACAACUAAAUCUACAACCACACCUGCCGGACCCAGCACCACAACUGAAGGCCCAACUACGACAACAAAAUCUACAACCACACCAUCAGGACCCACCACCACAACUGAAGGUCCAAAAACUACAACCACACCUACAGGACCCAGCACAACUACUGAAGGACCAACUACUACAACUAAAUCUACAACGACACCCGCAGGACCCAGCACCACAAGUGAAGGACCAACUACAACGACAAAAUCUACAACCAUACCAUCAGGAUCCACCACCACAACUGAAGGUCCAACUACAACCACACCUGCAGGGCCCAGCACAACUACUCAAGGUCCAACUACCACAACUAAAUCUACAACAACACCUGCAGGACCCAGCACAACAACUGAAGGCCCAACUACAACAUCAAAAUCUACAACGACACCCUCAGGACCCAGCAGCACAACUGAAGGACCAACUACGACGACAAAAUCUACAACCAUACCAUCAGGAUCCACCACCACAACUGAAGGUCCAACAACUACAACCACACCUGCAGGACCUAGCACAACUACUCAAGGUCCAACUACCACAACUAAAUCUACAACCACACCUGCAGGACCCAGCACAACAACUAAAGGUCCAACUACUACAACUAAAUCUACAACCACACCUGCAGGACCCAGCACAACAACUCAAGGCCACACUACAACAACAAAAUCGACAACAACACCCUCAGGACCCAGCACCACAACUGAAGGACCAACUACAACAACAAAAUCCACAACCACACCUGCAGGACCCAGCACAACUACUCAAGGACCAACUACCACAACUAAAUCUACAACCACACCUGCAGGACCCAGCACCACAACUGAAGGCCCAACUACAACAACAAAAUCUACAACGACACCCGCAGGACCCAGCACCACAACUCAAGGUCCAGCAACUACAACCACACCUGCAGGACCCAGCACAACUACUCAAGGACCAACUACCACAACUAAAUCUACAAUCACACCUGCAGGACCAAGCACCACAAUUGAAGGCCCAACUACAACAACCAAAUCUACAACAACGCCCGCAGGACCCAGCACCACAACUGAAGGCCAAACGACAACAAAAUUUACAACCACAUCAUCAGGACCCACCACCACAACGGAAGGUCCAAAAGCUACAACCACACCUGCAGGACCCAGCACAACAACUGAAGGUCCAACUACCACAACUAAAUCUACAACCACACCUGCAGGACCCAGCACAACAACUGGAGGACCAACUACCACAACAAAAUCUACAACCACACCUGCAGGACCCACAACCACAACUGAAGGUCCAACGACAACCAUGGGACCUAGCACAACACAUGAAGGACCAACCACUACGUCAAUAUCUACAACCACAUCCACAGGACCCAGCACAACAACUGAAGGGCCAACAACUAUAGUAAUAUCUACCACUCUACUCAAACCUACAACUACAAAUGAAGGCACAACUACGCCAUGCUUCUGCGUAAUAAAUGGCAAGCACUACAACCCAGGUGAAACAAUUUUUGACAGGGAACAUAUUGGAUCGGGAAUUUGUCUCACAAUGAUUUGUUCCAAUAUUUGUGAGAUUCAAAACAAGACUGAACCUUGCUGGACUACACCCUUGCCAAAACCUACCCCCAGCGUUCCUUGGUGCCCUGAAUGGGAUGUUCUCCAAAAUGAGACCUUCGUUUUGUGUAACUGCACAAUGGCGAGAUGCAUCGAGAACAACACGAUUGAAAUCAUUCCAUACGAAUGUCCGCCCUUAAAGAACAUCACUUGUGCCAAUGGAAAGGAUCCUGUUCUUGUUUAUGACGACAACGUCUGCUGCCAACAAUAUGUUUGUGACUGUGAAUGUAAAGGCUGGGGAGAUCCCCAUUACAUCACAUUUGAUGGCCUCUACUAUAACUAUCAAGGAAACUGUACAUAUGUCCUAAUGGAAGAGAUUACGCCAAAAUAUGAUUUAAAGAUUUAUGUUGAUAAUGUCUACUGUGAUGCCAUUCAACAUGUUACCUGCCCACGGUCAUUAAUUAUAUCGUACGAAGCCAACGUUUUUGUACUCAAGACCCAAAACCUUAUUGGAGCGUCAGAACUAGAGGCCUUCAAAGAUGAAAAGCGUCUGAGACUUCCUUACAUCCAACAAGACAUUGUGAUCUUCAGUUCUGGCAUUGAAUUAGUUGUAAAGAUCAUACCCUUAGAAGUGGUUAUUACCUUUGGUAUUAGUGACUUCACUAUCAACCUGCCCUCUAAGAAUUUUGACAGCAACACACAGGGCCAGUGCGGCAACUGCAACAACAACCAGGCAGACGACUGCAUGCUUCCCGGAGGCCAGAUUAUCCAGAGCUGCAGUUUGAUGGCAGACUUUUGGCCCGCCAAAGACAUCUACCAACCCAACUGCCAAAUACCGUCUGUGAUCCCGACUAACGAACCUCUGCCCCCACCCACACUGAUUCCAUGCAAGCCAGACUCGGAAUGUGAUCUAAUCUUGAGCAGCGUCUUUGAGGAGUGCCACCCCUUGGUCAAACCCGACGACUACUAUCAAGGAUGUGUUUUUGACAGCUGUCAUGUUUCCAACCCAACAAUAGAAUGCACAAGUUUGCACAUGUACGCCGACGCCUGUGCUCAAGCUGGAGUUUGUUUGCACUGGAGGAAUCACACCACACACUGUGAAAGUGACUGCCCUCUCGACAAAGUGUACAAACCAUGCGGUACUGUUCAGCAGCCAACCUGUGAAGACAGUCCUUAUAAACAAAGGCUGGACUACCAAACUGAAGGCUGCUUCUGUCCUGAUGGUAUGAAGCUCUUCAACAAAGACUCCAACAUAUGUGUCGAAGAGUGCGGAUGUAUUGAUGCUGGGGGUAUUCCUCGUGUGUUUAAUGAAAGGUUUGAGUACAACUGCCAGAACUGCAUCUGUGAGAAGACCACCAAGGCCGUAACAUGCCAACCAAAGGUUUGCCCGCCACCGCCGGCCCUCAACUGCUCUGUUUCAGGAUUCGCCCUUGUUAACCAGACCAACCCAGCGGACCCGUGCUGCUCCAUUCUAGCUUGCCGAUGUCAAAGCAACACUUGUCCACACAUCGACCCGGAGUGUCCAAUUGGAUUCACUGUCAAUAUCGAUGUGCCAGAGGGGAAGUGCUGUCCCGAAUACACAUGCGAGCCCAAAAACGUUUGUGUCCACAAAAACGGUAUAUAUCAGCUUGGUGAGUCGGUUCCUGUGGUUCCAUGUCAGGACUGUGUCUGUACCGAUCUGGUGGACCCCACAAAUGGUUUAUUACAAAUAAAGUGUGAGGUUCAGCAAUGCCAACAGCUCUGUGAACAGGGUUUUAGAUAUGCAGAACCUCGAACAAAUGAAUGCUGCGGAAGGUGUGUUCAGACGCAUUGCCUCUUCAACGUUAGUGGAAAUGAGCAGGUGCUCAGGCAAGGUGACAUUUGGUCCCCACCGAACGAUCAAUGUGAGCAUUACACAUGCGUGAGGAGCGGCGAAGCUUUAACUGCCAUCGGCACACGAAUUGUGUGCCCGCCAUUCGAGCUAAGCAACUGCCAACCUAACACCAUUCAAACUGCAGCAAAUGGAUGUUGUCAAAUUUGUAUGGAGCAGGAAAAGGCUUGCAAGCCAGUGCCAAAUAAAGUGCACAUCACGCACAAGAACUGCCGAUCUACUGAGGAGUUAGACAUUCCAUAUUGUGAAGGAUCUUGCAACACUUACACAAAAUACUCACUGGAGACAGCCACGCUCCAACCUACUUGCUCUUGUUGUAAGGGGUACCGAUCUAGCAAUCGCACGGUCGACUUGCUGUGUAUCAACGGAGACGUCGUUCCUUACACCUACAUCCACGUGGACGAGUGUAGAUGUGCCCUCAGCGACUGCUCCAAAACUGCGGCAGCUCCAGCUCGAAGACGGCGAAGUUUUACUCUCUUGUAAUAUCAACAUGUUGGCACAGCUCCUGACAUUGAACAUUAAAUAAAAAGUUAUGCAUCUCA